AUGGAGUCUUCCGACCGAAACAAUCCAACAACAACAACAUCGACAACAUCUCCAUCCACACCGGCAACGAUCAAACGAAAAUUUGAUGAUGAUUUCAAUGACAGAGCAGCAGUUACUCCAGAAUCCACCGAUGAUUGGAUCCACCAAGAAAAUGACAAUCGAAAACGGAUGCGCCCCACGGCUCUCGAAUUCGCCCGGUCAUCGGCUCCAACAACGUCGAAGAAAAACCACACAAACCAAGAUGAAAAUAUUGGCUCAUCCUUGCCAAUGGGUGAAGGAAUGACAUCCCAGAAGACCCAAAAGGAGAAUUCACCACCACCAUCAACAACAGAUACAGCUGUACUUGGCCCGUCAGAGCCUACUUCAGCCAAGAAUCAAGACUCGACUGCGGAAGAACAAGAAUGCGACAGUAACGCCUCUACUGCCGUGUAUGUCAAAACACUGGAGCGAGUUUCGUCUCGGGAUUUGAGUCAACAAGCAUCCGCUUCACCACCAAAGACGACAAAUAAUAUUACAAGCGUGCAAGAGUUGCAGCUAGGAACCAGCAAGUUCUUGACCCAGCACAAGGAACAAUCCCAACGACUUUUGGAGUUGGAGGAUAAAUUAGCGAAACAGCAAGAGGACUUUGAAGGUCGCCUUCAAGAAAAGGAGAAAAGUAUCCAAACUGUAAAUCGCAACCUUAGUCAAGCGAAUACCAAGUUGGAGGCUCUUGAGAAGGAAAAGGAGAAGAAUACUCAAGUUGUGAUAGCUCUGGAAAAGGAACGAGACGAUUUGGCUGACACAAAGAAGAAGCAACACAAGGCGAUUUCUGUGCAGCAGAAAGAGUAUGAAGGUCGACUUCAAGUAAAGGAUAAGAGCAUUCAGGCUGCGAUUCACUACCUGAGCCAAGCCCAUAGCAAAUUGGAGGCUCUUCAGAAGGAACGGGACGAUUUGGCAUAUGCAAAACAGAAACAAGACCAGACGAAUUCUGGGCUCCACAAAGAUGCCCAGUUGGCCAAGAAACGAUUGGAGACAGAGCGUCAAGAGCACUAUCUCCAAAAAUAUUUUCAAUCGAGAACCAUUUCCGAUUUGAGUAAGGAAAAACGGUCUUUAGAAAACGCCCUGUCUACUUUUUACACUGAGACUACCAACUACAAACAGCAAUUGCAAAAUUGUCAAAAGGAAAUUUUGAUAUCCCACCAGCAGCAAAAGAAGCUUCAAAGCGAUCUCAAUGAUGCGCAAUCUACCAACAACCAACUCACCAAAGAGCUUGCGUCUCAAAGAGACUUGGCUGAAAAGCGCUUGGACGAGAACAUUGGAUUGAAGAAAGACUUGUCUGCUGCCACAAGUGAGACCAGCAACUACAAGCAACAAUGGCAAGAUUCUUUAAAGGAAGCAGAAUCGUUGCAGAAUCAAUUGAUGGGUCUGCAAAACGAACUGAAGGAUGUCCAGUCUCUUAACAUGCAGCUUGCGGAAGAGCUUGAGUCGUCACAUGGAGUGUCUGCCGACAAGCGCUUGGAAGAGGCACGUAAGGAACAUCGAGUCAAGGAAGAAGUUCAUUUACAGGCCAGGAGUGAUCUCGAGAAGGAAAUCCAAGUUUUGGCAAAGUUCUUGGAAGAGAAGGAGGAAAAGGCUGCCAUCGCCGACAAGCGCUUGGAAGAGGCGCGUAAGGAACACCGAGUCAAGGAAGAAGUUCAUUUACAGGCCAGGAGUGCUCUCGAGAAGGAACUCCAAGUUUUGGCAAAAUUCUUGGAAGAGAAGGAGGAAAAGGCUGCCAUCCUCCAGCACAGAACCGAGUUGGCGGAAGAGCGCUUGGAUCAGCAGUGCGACGAGCACAAAACACAAAAGGAAUUCCAAACCAAGGCCAUGGCCAAGUUGGAAACGGAGAAGCGCUUUUUGGAAAAAUCACUGUCUACUUCCCGCAUUCAAUUCGAUGAGUGCCAAAAGCAGUUGCAACUUGACAGAAAGGAAAAGUCAGCGCUUCAAGAGCAAGUGAAACAAGUACAAGUCGAACUGAAGGCAAUGUUGUCUGAUAAGAACCAAGUUGCUUGUGAGCUCCACAAGGAACGGCAGAAAUACCAAGCCGAGGAAAAAUCUCAUAUUGAUGGCAGGAACACUCUUGAAGAGGCCAUCCGGGUUUUGAAAACCGCCCAAGGGAAACAAGAGCUUGUGAUUUUGGGACUGACAAACGACAUUCAGUUAGCCAAUGAGCGCCUGGAAAAGGAACGUAACGAACACCAAGUCAAGGAAGAAUCGCACAGAACGGUCACAGGUGCUUUGCAGAAGGAACUGAACAACUCGUCAAACGCCCAAGCUCAGCAAUCGAACACUAUUGCAGUGCUACAGCAAAAUCUUCAAACGUCUGUUGAAUGCUUGCAGCAAGCGCGUGAAGAACACGAGAUUCAAGAAGAAUCGCAAGCCAUUGCCAUUGCAAAGCUUGUCGGCGAAAAGCUUUCGUUGGAACGAGCCUUGCAGCAAGCACGUGAACAACGCAAGACUGAAGAAGAGUCGCAAGCCACUGUCAUUGCCAAGCUUGAGGAAGAGAAGCGUUCUUUGGAGGGAGCCUUGCAGCGAGCAAGUACGGAUUGUAAGACUCAACAAGAAUCGCAAGCUAGCGCCAUCUCCAAGCUUGUGGAAGAGAGACUGUCGUUGGAAGAAGCCUUGAAACAAGCCCGCGAAGAACGUAAGACUCAAGAAGAAUCGCAAGCUAGCGCCAUUUCCAAGCUUGUGGAAGAGAAACUUUCUUUGGAAGAAGCGUUGCUGUCGUCAAAAAGAAGAUUUGGUAGCCACCAACAUGAAUCGCAGUCUUUGGAAACAGAGAUGACGGAACUUCAAAAGCAAUUCCACAAGGUCGAAGAGGAAAAGAACAAAUUGCAACAACAUCUCAAUGAGAAGGCCCAACAAGGAUCCAAGAAGGCUGGAGUCUUUUCAGCAAUCCACUCAUUGUUCACUCGGGAAGAUCAACGCAGCUCAUUCGGUCUAUGA